UUGCUCCAAUUAAGGUGUGGUUGAGCAUGACAGACAAGUGGAAUGGGAUGGAGAGUCAGAGGAGGAAGGGACCUUUCUCACCCUUGCUGCUUAUCCUAGGGGCACAGGCUUUCAUGGGGAUCCAGGCAGCUCACCAUAAGCAUGAGGUACAGUUCACAGUAGUGGGCACAGGAAACUCCCUCUUGGACCUCACCAUGGUGGAUUUUGUAGAUGACAUGCAGGUGUUCCUCUAUGACAAACAGAACAGCCAGCUCAUGGCCAAGGAGGCCUGGAUCUCCCAGGUCCUGGGGGCCAAGUUCAGGGAGAAGACUCAGCAGAAGUUAAUAGACCAUGAGAAGAGCUUCCUCUGGUUCCUGAAGAAAUUGAGACUGAAUGACACCAACAGUGACAAGAACAUCACACUGCAGCUCUUCGUAGUUUGUGAACCUCAGAGAGACAGCGACAUAGGCAACCAAAUCAAGAUUGCUGUGGAUGGCGAGGAUUUCUGCUGGCUGGAUGAGAUCGGACAAUGGUUUUUCAUGAUGCCUGAGGCUGAGUCCUUCAAACCUAUUCUGAUGAGUACCUUCUGGGCCAAUCAGAAAGCAUACUACAUGCAGGAAUAUUGUUAUGGCAUCAUGAAAAAAAUUCUGCAGCACUCAAGCAGAAAGAAGAAUGUGCCCCCCGAAGUGACUGUGCUCUACCGGGAAGCUGUGGAUGGCAUCAUCGUCCUCUCCUGCUCUGCUACAGGCUUCUACCCCAGCUGCAUUCUGUUGCACUGGCAGAAGGGUAGGGACAUAAUUGCAGCAGGGAAGCAGAGUUCCAGCAGCACACUGCCAAAUGCUGAUGGCACCUUCUACCAAAGAAUCAUCAUUGAACUCCCACCGGGGGACCCAGGGACCAAUUAUGAUUGUGUGGUAGACCACAUUGAGCUAGGAACACCAAAAGUAUUUCCUGUACCUGGAAAACCUCCUAAGAAGAGGACCUGGACUGUGACACUCAGCAUUCUGGGGGUUGUCAUCUUUGUGCUGAGCUGUGCUAUGUCCUUUAUUCAGUGGAAGAAGACAAAUACAGGCUACAGCAUCCAUGAAUGUGCCACAAUGGAAGACAUACAGAUGGAUAUUCAAGAACACUAGAAUAUUCUGCAGUGCCGGCCUUGGAGAAACAGAAGACCAGCCACUGCUGCUAUUUGCCUGCCCUUGCUGACCUUGAGGAAGAGAAGUCUAAUUGGAAUGAAGAACCCCUCUUGGUGCCAGCCAGCCUGUUGUCCUCCCUGUCCUCAGUGGCUUCCCUCUUCUCUCCCAACUCGGCCGUGUGGCUCCUGCUGUUCUAUUGAACUGCUUAAAGGCAGAGCCCAGGAGUAGAAGGCCCUGGGUUUGGAAUCAGGGGGCUGGGGUUAAUUGGGCCUGUGACAAUCGUUGUGUCAUCAUGGACAAGUCACAACUGCCUGAGCCUUAGCUGCUUUCUAAGGCAAGCUUGAGAUUAGGUUGUGAUACGCCUAUGUGGAAGGAUGCCCUAAGUCUCCCACCAACAGAUUCACAGAGCUUUGUUUAUGUGAUAUGUGAGUAUCACAGUUUAGUGAGCAGCUAGGUGGUAUGAUGGUUAGAGCAUGGGGCUUGGAAUCAGAAUGAUUCAUUUUCAUG